GAGCAUCUUUGGAAAUUGGUGCGCAGCGUUUCUGCCAGCACGGUCACGCAGGCACGCACACGCAGCGCAGCGUGCAGCGUGUCUGGUGUUUGUCCCGCAGAAGAAACGCAGCAGACGUUUUCAGCGCGGGACGCAUCCUGCAGCUCCUCACUGCAACAUGGCGACAGAGUUUCACAACCUGCAGGAGCUGAGGCACAGUGCAUCGCUGGUCACCAAAGUGUUUAUGCAGAGAGACUACAGCGAAGGAACAGUCUGUCGCUUCCAGACCAAAUUCCCCACAGAGCUGGACAACAGGAUUGAACGGACCUUACUUGAAGAGACGGUUAAGACCCUGAACUCUUAUUACGUGGAGGCUGAGAAAAUUGGAGGUCAGUCGUACCUGGAAGGAUGCCUGGCCUGCGCGACGGCAUACAUUGUGUUCCUCUGCAUGGAGACACGCUAUGAAAAGGUGCUUAAAAAGAUAUCGGCCUACAUCCAGGAGCAGAAUGAGAAGAUCUACGCGCCCAGAGGUCUCCUCCUUACAGACCCCAUAGAGAGAGGCAUGAGGGUCCUAGAGAUCAGUGUGUUUGAGGACCAAGGUUCAGGCAGCUCCAGUCCCAGCAGCAGCAUGUCAUCAGCAGGAAGCAGUGCCCGAUGACUGGAGGUGCAGCGCCAGG